AAGAGUGUGUGAUAGAAUUGAAUAGUAAAGUAAUAGUUCGCCCAUUUCUUCCAUACAAAACCCUAAAACCCUAAAAUCUGAUACUCCAUGGAUUUGCAGCAGAGCGAGUUCGAUCGCCUCUUGUUCUUCGAGCAUGCACGUAAGACUGCAGAAGCUGCAUAUGCUGCUAAUCCUCUCGAUGCUGACAACUUGACAAGAUGGGGAGGAGCUUUAUUAGAGUUAUCUCAGUUUCAGACUGUUCCUGAAUCAAAGAAAAUGAUCGAAGAAGCUGUUUCAAAGCUGGAGGAGGCACUAUUGGUUAAUCCCAAGAAGCAUGAUACUCUUUGGUGCCUGGGAAAUGCUCAAACUUCACAUGCAUUUUUAACUCCGGAUCAGGAGGAAGCAAAAAUUUAUUUUGAUAAGGCAGCUGAGUACUUUCAGCAAGCCGUUGAUGAGGACCCUUCUAAUGAUUACUACCGCAAAUCCUUGGAGGUGGCCUCUAAGGCUCCUGAACUGCAUGCAGAAAUCCAUAAACAUGGAUUAGGUCAGCAGGUAAUGGGGACAGCUGGUGGACCUUCUACUUCUUCGAGUACAAAGACCAAAAAGAAGAAAAAGAGCAGUGAUCUGAAGUAUGACGUACUUGGAUGGGUAAUUCUGGCCGUGGGCAUUGUUGCAUGGGUGGGAUUUGCAAAAUCACAUAUGCCACCUACUCCUCCUCCACCACCUCCUCGAUAAGUGAAGCUCUUGAUUUGAUGCUGUGUUCCUUGUCGGCUAAACAUGAGUCAGAGCAGCUGAUGUUUCAUGGAGAAUCGCUUUUGGGCCCCUACCCAUUUCUUAAUUUGUAACAGUAGUGAGGUUUUUGCAGUGUAACCAUUUACUUUAUCCAUCAUUUGAAAAUCUGUUAUUAACAUUAUAGUAGUACAAUUGGGUUGAGCAGCUAAAUAAUCCAUGCUGGUAGAGAGGGCUGUUCUGCAGGCCUUAAAGCACUGACAUCAAAUAUCAAAUACAAUAAUUUUCCCACACCCUUAAUGUGUGGGGCACUGACGAGCCAUUCAAGGCAGGUUUGGAAUGAGGAAUUUCGAAGAGAAGCAAACGAGGGAUAAUUUUUCAUUUUUAAAAUUAAGAAAAUUAUAAAAUGUUUGGCUUUUAGCUUGCUAGAUUUGAUUGCUUACCUCCAAGCAAUAUCAUGAACUGAUAUUUUGUGGGGUUGAAAUCAUUUUUUUAUAUAGAAUAAUGCUUGUUUCAUUUCACUUCCUUAAUCAAAGCUAU